AUGACUGUUUCUAUGACUGCGCCUGCUAUGUCUCCGCCAAGAAUGCUUCCUUUAGGAACAAGUCAACCCCCCGGCGACAAAUAUGUGUGUCUAGCCAAUAUUCCUCCCUUCUUCGAUACUCACAUCAUCAAUACUAAUGACAUAGGUGACCAGGCAGUGAGCGUGUCGUUGCCAACAUGGGACUCGGUCCCCGGCCGACCCCGUGGCUACAAGUGGGUGAUCGAGAAACUGCAGGCAAAUUAUCCCAGGUUCGGCCUUGGCAGCAUCGUGCAACAGCUAACCAGCGCUGUCCUGGAGCGGUGUGCAAUCCCAUCAGAAAAUAUGCUUUGCCUUGUGUUUUCCUCCAAACAUGCAGCAAGGCGAUGUAUAUUGUUUCUUCAGGACCACCAUAGCUCGGACGUUCAAGCCGAUGUGGUAUCAUUCUACCUAUUCCGCGAGACUACUAGCCCAAAAAGCACAAGUUGGGACAGAUUCUACGCUGUGAUAUGCGAUGCUGAUGCCAAGGUGGCAGCAAACGAGUUUUGGUCUAUAUUUGGCGACGGCCUUUCUACUCGACAUGCCGAGUUUUGUCUUCAGCUCUGGCCAAAUAUGUGCUCUGAGCCUGAUAAUAAAUUGUUGCAGUUCUACACUAGCACCGGUACUGACACUGGCACUAGCAAGAUACCUAUCCCGAUGCUCAAGUCGUUAGUUGCAGGACAAGCCGCGAAAACAGAGAUCAAGGAUCGGAUUGCGGAAUUGAUUGCGUCUGAUAAUUCUGAGCUCACUCCCCCAUCUGCAAGAGAUGUCUUUCUUUACACAAACGGGAUGUCCGCUAUAUCUGCCGUGUCACGGGCCUUGGUACCAGAGAAAAAAGAGACAUCAGGAGCAGUGGUAUUCGGUUGGCCCUACGCUGAAAACCCAAAAUGUGUAAGCCAAUCGGGCUAUGAACGCUUUACACUCUAUAAUAAGGGAACAACAGAUGAGCUGGAUCAGCUAGAAGAAUCACUCGCGUCGGGAUCACGCAUCCGCGUCUUGUUCUGCGAAGUCCCGUCAAAUCCACUCCUUCGAACUCCUGAUCUCGAUCGGAUCCGAAGUCUCGCAGAUCAGUACGACUUCAUUGUUGUCUGCGAUGAGACGCUUGGCACAUUCGUGAAUGUGGACAUCCUGCCAUACGUCGAUGUGGCUGUCACAAGCCUAACUAAGAUAUUCAAUGGCGGCGCAAACGCCAUGGGCGGGAGUGCCGUCGUCAACCCGGCAAGCCGCCAUUACAGCGAAGUCCACGCAAAACUUACAGCCAUAUAUGAGGACCUCCUUUUCCCGACUGAGGCGCUUGUCCUCGCCGAGAACUCACGAAAUUUCCAAGCACGCGUCCGCAAAUCUAGCGCCAAUGCCCUUACCCUCGCUACUUUCUUAUCAUCACACCCGAGUAUCGAGUCCGUGCUUUACCCAGCCUUGAUACCUACCAGACAACUUUAUGAUCGCUAUCGUCGCAGGAAUGGAGGGUAUGGGUAUGUGUUGAGUCUUCUGCUACGGGAGCCGGACGAUGCGAUAAGGUUCUAUGACAGUCUUGAUAUGCGCAAGGGGCCAAGUAUUGGCACAAAUUUUAGUCUGGCUAUUCCGUAUGCACAGCUCGCCCAUGUCUUUGACCUGGAUUGGGCUGAGUCCCAGGGGAUUCCAAAGCAUAUUGUUAGACUGAGUGUUGGAUUGGAAUCGGAGGAUGAUUUGGUGAAUUGUGUUUCUAGAGCGUUGGAGGGUUUGGCAUCCCCUCAGCCCGUCCUUCAGUCACUCUUAUAA